GACUCUGCCGCAGCAGCGGUCACAUGACGGAUCUUUGGCUGGCUACUUCCGGUACAACGGCUGUAUUUCCCUGCGGGAGAAGGAAUAACGCCUCUGUUGUGACUCGGCGCAGCUGUAACCUAGACCCUGACAGUCAGGACUGAACAAGGAGGUGUACAAAAACAACAAAAAACGGGUGAAGAUAACCGCCGACCCGUCCGUACAUCGUGUUCGCCUGCAGCCUGACGUCUAACUGCGGGGAGAUGACCACCGGAGGGGCGGGCAGCGAGUUGACCGGAUAAAGCGACUGCACCGCCCGCCCUCUCAGAGAAGACGCAGCAGCGUCUCGUCUGCUCUCCGCGUGCACAUCGGCGAAGUGGCGGCGGAGUGACGUCGGCUCUCUUUCCCCAAAACAACCCGCCAUCGACAUGUCAAAAUACACGAGCUUCCCAGAGCCGAUGGACGACCACAACCCUUUCCAAGACCCUGCAGUGACUCAACACAGCAGCAACACAGGAUACGCCACCCUGGACCUGUACAACCCUUUUGAUAAUACUACUGGGCCUCCUCCUCCAUAUGAAGCCACCUCUCCCUCUGCUCCAUCUGUGCCUGCACAGACCCCACCCAGUAGGACAACACCCACUGAGCCUCGCAACUAUGGCUCCUAUACCUCGCAGACUGCGGUGAAUGCCACCACAGCAGAGCUCUUGAGGAAGCAGGAGGAGCUGGAGAAGAAAGCUCGGGAGCUGGAGAGAAGAGAGAGGGAGCUCGAGUCACACAGCCUGGGUCCGGGAGCCUCCCGUCAGAAUAACUGGCCCCCGUUGCCUUCAUUCUGCCCGGUGGGCCCCUGCUUCUACCAGGACAUCAAUGUGGAGAUCACUCAGCGCUUCCAGCGCACCGUCACCUUCAUGUACUACUUCUGGAUGUUAUGCACUUGUGCGCUGCUCUUCAACCUCAUCUCCUCCCUGGCCAUGUUCUGUGUGGACCCCUCGGGUGGUGUCGGCCUGGGCCUAGCCAUCCUGUGGGCCCUCCUCUUCGCCCCCUGCUCCUUCAUCUGCUGGUACCGUCCUGUGUACAAAGCCUUCAGGAGUGACAGCUCCUUCAAUUUCUUUGUCUUCUUCUUUGUUUUCUUUGCCCAAGUGGUCGUCUCCGUCAUCAUGACCAUUGGUAUCCCUGGGUGGGGUUUCAGCGGGUGGAUCGUGAGCCUGGCUGCUCUGAAGACCAGCGUCCCCGUCGGUGCGAUCAUGAUGAUGAAUGCCGUCCUCUUCACUGCCCAAGCCGCCAUGGGGGUUGUCAUGCUGAAGAAGGUCCACAGCCUGUACAGGCAGACCGAUGCCAGCUUUCAGAAGGCCCAGGCCGAGUUCGCCACCGGAGUCAUGUCCAAUCAGGCCGUACGACAGGCCGCCACCAGCGCAGCCACCAGUGCUGCCACCAGCGCUGCCCAGGGGGCCUUCACUGCUCCUCGAUAGAGAGGGACAAGAGGGGUUGGGAGGGUGAGGAAUGAAGGAGGUCCCAUUCCGCUUGAUAGAGGAUCUGUUUGGUAUUUAUUUAUUUCCCCACAGGUGAUUAGAAUUUGAUUUGGGGGGGGAUUUGUCUGUCUAGUAACCCUUGAGCAACUGAACAUCAGGACAUGUGCAUGAGAUGGAGGUGGGGUUUUGUAAUUUAUAAAGAUGUACAGGUCAAGUUAGCUACAUUGCCAAACCGGGAGUCAAUGUUGUGUCAAUGUGUUGAUCCAGGAAACAGAAAGUUGGUGUGAAAUGUGAAAACAAUAACAUGGAGAAGCUGUAUACAAUUUUGCGCAGUCGUUCCUAGAAUCAGUGGAUGCAGGGAAAGUGACGAGACAAGCUGUGUGCCAAGUAGGAAAGUUCUAGUCUUGUGGUUACCAAUUUUUUUUUUUUUUUUAAUGACUUGGAUGUGUUUACAAUGAGCCAAUGCUGAACACUGAACUGUUGCCAGUCUAACAUUUGAUCCAUAACUUAGUGGCUCAAGACUAAUUCAUUGUGUUGCUUUAGUGCAAACUAACAUGCUUUGUUAUUAUCAUUCCACAUGAGAAUGCCUCUUUACCUAUUUGCCAAAACCUCUCAUACUGUAAAGAUGAUGUGUUCCGGUAACAAUAUAUCUGUCACUGUUCUGUUGGUGCUGCUUGUGGUGCUUAUGAUUAUUACACGUCACUGUUACACGUCUUGGUUUUAAUAAAACAUAUUGUCAUGCUUA